AUGUCGCAAACAAAUGGUUUCACCAAACUAGCCUAUUCCCGCACCUGGCACCACAUCUCCGCCAGCACACCACAUAUACCCCUCUCAACCCUCCGACCACGACCCGAUGCCUCCUCCCCGGCCUCAAUAACCUCGCGCAUCACCCCCCCACCCCUCGGCCGCCUCGCCUCCCGCAUCGCCCUCCUCCUCAUGGGAAAACACAAACCGAUCUGGGACCCCUCCACCGACUGCGGCGACUACGUCGUCGUAACCAAUUGCGCAAACUUGCACACCACGGGCAAAAAAAUGUAUCAAAAGAAAUACUAUCGUCAUAAUACUCGACCGGGUAGUUUAAAAGAAAUUAGUAUGGAGGGAUUGAUGGAGAAGUUGGGGGGGGCGGAAGUAUUAAGGAAAGCGGUUAGUGGGAUGUUGCCGAAGAAUCGGUUGAGGGAUGGGAGGUUGGGUCGUUUGAAGGCAUUUGAGGGGGAGGCGCAUCCGUAUAAGUUGAAUUUGGUUAGGUUUGAGGGGAGGAGGAGGGAUUUGAUGCCGGAUGAGGGGUGGGGGGUUAAGAAGGUGGAGGAGGUUAGGAGGUGA